AUGCUGGUUAUGUACGACUUGCCACCUUGGUUGUGGAUGAAAAGGGAAAAUGUUUUGUUGGCACUAUUAAUACCAGGACCUAAGCAACCGGGUAAUGAUAUUGAUGUAUAUCUACAACCUCUUAUCGAAGACCUAAAAAUUUUGUGGACCAUAGGAGUAUCUAUUUAUGACAGGCUCACUAACUCCACAUUCAAUUUGAGGGCAAUUUUAAUGUGGACAAUGCAUGAUUUUCCAGCAUAUGGGAAUAUUGCCGGGUGUGUGACGAAGGGUAAAUUUGCAUGUCCUAUAUGUGGAGAAAAUACACAUUCUCUAUGGUUGAAAUUCAGUAGGAAGACUGUAUAUAUGUGCCAUAGGUGCUUUCUUCCACCAUCUCACCCCUUUCGGAAGAAAAAAUCAUGGUUCGAUGGAAAGGAAGAAAAGGGGAAAAAACCAAGAAUCAUGACUGGCAAAGACAUUUUGCAUGCUCUGAAAGAUUUUAAGAAUGAUUGGGGGAAAGGUGGAAAUGGAAAAGAAGGAAGCAAAAAACGAAAGCGAGACAGUGAAGAUAAACAAAUGUGGAAAAAGAGGUCAAUAUUGUUUGAUUUAUCAUAUUGGGAGGAAUUGCCAAUACGUCAAAAUUUAGAUGUCAUGCAUAUUAUUAAAAAUAUUAUUGAGAGCAUUAUUGGCACAUUGUUGGGUAUCGAUGGAAAAUCCAAGGAUGGUUUAAAUGCUCACAAGGAUAUGCAACAUUUGGAAAUAAGGCACGACUUGCAUCCACAAGAUCGUGUGUCUAGGACAUAUCUUCCUCCGGCUUCCUAUACACUUUCAAAAGAUGAGAAAGAAAUAUUUUGCAAGAGGUUAUUUGACUUAAAAGUGCCUGAUGGGUAUAGUUCAAAUAUUGGGAAUUGCGUAUCAAUGGACGAGUUGAAGGUCACAGGUCUCAAAUCUCAUGAUUGCCAUGUGCUAAUGCUUCAGUUGUUGCCUGUAGCCUUAAAGGGAUUACUACCAACGGGACCGAGAAAUGCGAUACUUCGCCUUUGCGCAUUCUUCAAUAGAUUGUGUCAAAGAGUAGUUGAUGGAGAAGAAAUGGCAUCCCUUGAGGUUGAGGUGGUUGAAACGUUAUGCAUGCUUGAGAGGUUCUUUCCACCUUCGUUCUUUGAUAUCAUGGUUCACUUAACAAUUCACUUAGGACGAGAAGCACGACUUUGCGGGCCAGUCCAUUAUCGUUGGAUGUACCUUUUUGAGAGACAUAUGAAGAUAUUCAAAGGAAAUGUUGGAAAUCAUGCACGACCUGAAGGUUGUAUAGCAGAACGUUACCUCGUAGAAGAGUGCAUGACAUUUUGCAGCCGGCACAUGAAGAAAUCUGUGGAAACAAGCCAUAGGGGACCUCGCAAUCAAGAUUUUGAGAACGAUGUAAUUCUCGAAGGUCGUCCAAUAUCAGCUGCCACAUCCAUCACAUUGACUGAUGAAGUUUUAGAAAGUGCACAUCGUUAUGUGUUAUUCAAUACAGCCAUAGUGGAACCUUAUUUGGAGAUUCAUAUGGAGGAGUUAAAGAAAUCGAAUCCUAGUCUUGGUCUUCCAAAAAAUAAAAGUUUACUUUUGAAGAGGCAAGCUGACAACUUUUCAAAAUGGUUGAAGGAAAAGAUUCAGGUAAAAGCAUGCGCAAAUAAUGAAUUGGAGAGACUACAAUGGCUUGCUAAUGGUCCUAGAAAGCAUGCCUUGAGUUAUACAGGCUAUAUCAUCAAUGGGCAGCGGUUCCACACAAAGGAAGUUGAGAAAUCAAUCCAAAAUAGUGGUGUUUCCAUUGAUGCGACAACUCUGUGUAGAUCGAGUGUGAAGGACAAUGCACAAGUUGUUGAUGUAGUUUCAUACUACGGGGUGAUAAAAGAUAUAAUUUUGUUAGAUUAUCACACAUUUCAACUGCCAUUGUUCAAGUGUGAUUGGGCAAACAUUGGCCAUGGUGUUAGGAUGGAAGAUGGUUUUACACUUGUUAACCUUCACCAAGGUCAGACCCAAUAUGACAAAGAGCCAUUUAUCCUUGCAUCCCAAGCAAAGCAAGUUUUUUAUUCAAGGGAAACUGAUUCUUCGAAUUGGUAUGUUGUACUAAAGGCACCUCCUAGGGGAUUUUAUGACUUGGAAAUGUACGAAGAAACCGUGGAUACAUCUUGUAGGCCGCAAGAUGUUUCAGCACUUGGUAUGGACAAUGACGAUGAUGAUGAAAGGAUAACUAACAUUAGAGGAGAUUGUGAGGGUACAUUGAUUGAGGAUUUGUAGCCAUCGCACCUUUGUAACUUUUGGUUUUUCUUUGGAACUUUUGGUAUGUUGUAUUAAAGGCACUUGGUAUGUUGGAACUUUUGGAAGUCUUGUCAGGAUAUUUUUGGUUUGGAACUUUUGCUAUGUUGUAUUAAAGGCACCUUCUAGGAUAUUUUGGUUUGUCUUAUUUAUUUAUUUGUAUCUUGCCAUCGUGCCUUGGUAACGUUAAUUUGUUAUUCAUAAUAUACUUGGAUAUUUGUAACUUUAGUUUGUUAUUCCUGCUACAUUAC